UAUCUACGAAUAAUUGCCUCAAAAAAGAGUUGUGUACAAACCGUAAAUCGAGAGUGUUUGAGAGCCAACGUGGCAAACGUGCAGCCGCGCAGUCCAAUGUCAAGGACAUUCGCGUUGCAUUAGCGGCAACGAAAUACAUAGUAGAUAUACAUAUGUAUUUACAACCCUCUUCCAAACGAAAAGAAACACAUUUACCCGCGUGUGCAUUCGGUAAUCCUUAAGUCAAAAAGUGAUAGUCGCAAAGUACAACGUUGGCGCAAUGGCGCACAGGAAUAAUGACGCGAUAGCGUCCCUUAUAUUCUACUUGUGGCUUCUAUUUUCGUUACAAAUAUCCGCCGUACGUCCGGCUAUACAUUCACGUGCGUCAUCGGUAACGAGCAGCAGCAGCAACGCCAUAGAUGAGAGCAAUGUGGAAAUUGACGAUACCGAUUCUGUCGCCACUAACGAGGCCAAUAUUAAAAAACAUCAGCAGCAACAUCGCCACCAGAAACCCGCUGAGUUUGUCCGAAGAGACUUUUCGGAAAAAAUGUCAUGGCAAUGUGCUAAUAAUGCCAGCUGCCUUCAUACGCUAGCAAACGAUAUGCUGCAGGCGUACAAGCGUGGCGAAACCAUUAGCUUGGGAUUCAUGGAUUUGGCAAAGCUGCCACCGCUGAUGGAGAAGGACAAAGACAAGUUGAAUGCGGCAGAGACCGGUCGCGGCAUUUCCAGUUUCGUUGACUUCAUCAGUGGAAAUGCAAUUCGUAUUCCGGUGGGGCCGAUGGUGUUCAGCGUACAACGGGCAGAGGAUGAUGGAAAUUACAUCGAAAUUGCGUUACUGAAGAAGGCGAGCGGCAAUCAAGGUCGUGGAGGUGGUCUCGGUGGAGGUGGAAUGGGUGGCGGUGGCCUCGGCGGAGGUGGAGGAGGAGGAGGAGAAGGUCUACUUAGCGGCUUAGCUAGCGGUUCGGGUAUGAUGGGAGGCAGUGGGGGAGGUGGCGGACUCAUGGGUGGAGGGGGUGGAGGCAAUGGCGGCGGUGGUGGUCAUCGGGGGCGUUAUCGUAAGCAGAAACAGGAUAAGAAGCAAUUCCAAAUGUAUAUACCAAUGUAUUUGGCGGCAACAACCUUUGGCUGGACUAUGGUUGUAGCAAAGGCGGUUGGGUUGUUGACGCUUAAAGCAUUAGCGGUAUCGAAAUUGGCAUUUAUAGUAGCGGCAAUGGUGAUAGUGAAAAAGCUGAUGGAUAAUGCUUCGGAAAAAAUGAUGUAUCAAUUCCCCGAGCAUACGCCCUACAUGAUGCCAUACAGCAUGGAUUAUGGCAUGCAUCCCGAAAUGGCAUCUGGAGGCGAAAUGUAUCCAGCAGCGCUGCAACUGGCCGCGGCGCCUAUGCAACACCACGGCGAAAGUCUCGCCGCGGAGAGUAAUUUGCAUCAUAACAUCGCCGAUAUACAAAAUAACACACAGGUAUUAGCCGCACUCAAUGCCGUACAUUUAGGACCGAAAGUGAAACGGGAGGACUCUUGGUUGGGAAAGGCAGCUGGAGUGGGAGUGAGGCGACCACUAGUCUAUAACUACAUACAGCCCCAUCAUCCAUACUAUCGCGCCUGAUGACCAACAUAAACACUACUGCUAGCCAAAUCUCGCCACAUUUAGGAAAUUUUAAAACCAUUUUUUUUCUCUUUAAUGGUUUGCCUAGAAUGGUAUUACAAGUUGUAUUUGUAAUUUAUUCUAAACUCUAGGUGAUAGACUUAACGUUUUAAUUAUUUAUUUCGAUUUAAUUGCAAUCAUAUUAAAAUGAAUUAAAAAAAUACCAAAAAAAAAGAGUUCUAAAUAUUUAACGAUAAACGGUUUAAGCUAAAUACUAAUUAAGAGAGCUUGAACACACACAUUUGUUAUGUAUUUGUAAGUUUGUA